AUGGAGAGAGAAUCGAAAAAAAUGAAGCGAGAAUUCAUCACAGCAGCUGAAGGAGACGGAGAGGAGCGUGGCAUAUCUAACUUGCCGCUGAUUAUGAAAGAAUUAGUAUUUUCAAAGCUUCCAGUCGAAUCAAUCUGCAGCUCUCGUGUAGUCUGUAAAGAGUGGAAUUUCAUUUUGUCUUCGCAAAGAUUUUUAUCUUCACUGUCCAUUCAAAAUCCAUGGCUUCUUAUGUGUGGUAAAGAAAUGAAUGAGACUUGGGUCUGCAUGGCCUACUGUUUUUCUGCACAAAAAUGGAUGACACUCCCCCUCUGUCUUCCUCCAGAUCUUGAUAUUAGUUUUUCAUCAGGAGCAGGACAAGGGUUACUCCUCUUUGAAAAAGCCUCCCCUAGACAAUUAUUUGUUUGUAAUCCUCUUAUGAGAUCUUAUGCAGAGAUAGAAAUGGAUUUAACUGACAAAUUUAUCGCUUUUCUACAGGUAGGAAACAAAGAGCCCUAUUUGGUAGUUUGUUCCACCUCUGGAUAUAAAUUUUCCUUCAAAAUCUAUCAUCAUUUUCAAGAUUCGUGGAGGAUUAAGUUUCAGAUUACAGAGGAAACAACAUCCAAUAUUUCAGUUUUUAGAAUGGAUGAAAUGGUUGAGUGCAAUGAUGUUCUUUUCAUGAGGAGGAUAUCACUUGAGACUAUUGUGACUAUUGUGGGUUACAAAAUAAAAGCUGAUGGCUUCAGUAGCCCUGUUACAAUAGCUCCAUUAUCCCCCCAAAUGGUUAAAGAUCUGACUGUUUGUAAUAUGGUUUCAUAUGGUUCGUCCAUUCUUGUAGUGGGGAUCAUUCAGGAGCUGGAUCCAUUUUUCUUUGAAGUUGCACUCGACCUUGAUCCAUUGCUUAGUUUUAAUCCAUUGUCUACUGGAACUGGGUUAAACAAGACGGGUAUUGUAAUCUGGGAGUUGUUUCAGGACGAGGAAAAUGAGUUGAUUUGGAAGUGGAAAGAAUUUGCAAGAAUGCCUCCACAUUCUCUCCCUCAAUAUGUUAUUGAAUAUCUGAACGACUAUGCCUAUAAGGAUUGGUUCUAUGGGGAUUGUGCUUGUGUGGGAGAUUAUCUGUGCUUCAACGCUGCUUCGGUUUUUGCAUAUAACCUUAAGUGUGGGUUUUGGCAACGCCUUCCUCCCCAUAAAAGUCAUUACUCUAACCAGAAGAUGAUAUCGUUUGAACCGAAGUUAUAUCAUUAUCAGUUUCCAAGAAAAUCGAGCGAAUGA